UAGAAACAGCGCCACAAUUUAUUUUCGAGUCUGUUCGCUUUAACAGGAACGCGUUUGUUUUGUUUUCGCUGACAACACGUUUCACAAAACUUUGCCGGGAUACGAAGUUGCUGCCGAGUGAAGUGAACCAUUAACUAAUUUCGUCAGACCUGAUUUCUCUUUGCCGCGUUCUGUACCGCUCUGUGUUGGAGGUUUAAGCAGCCCUUCGCUCUGUUCGAGCUGAUUUUAGCCAGUUAGCAUCUCUGGGUGGAGCAGCUGGUUGACCAUUACGGGGAAACAGCGAUGAAAACGACACGAUUUCACGCGAAUUUGGCCAAAAACUGAUCGAUAACAGAAUGAAUGGCAUUCAGGUGAAUCUGCGAGGCUUGCCCUCCCAUGUGUUGGAAGCUGUGUGCAGACCAGACACAGUACAAAACAUCAGGUCCUCAGAGAGCGGCAUGGGUCCUCUGACAUUUCCUAGAUCUAAAAUGCACCUUUGGGAUCCUACUCCAAAUGGUGAUCUUGUCAGCCUUCACCUUUCGUUAUAUAGAAGCCCCAGGCUGGUCCUCGUGGAGAAAGCACUACGCUUGGCCCACCGGCAUGCUCGGCAAAGUAAAAUGCCGCAGUUUUCUUGUUUCUUUGUUGGGAGAUUAGCUGUGGACAGUGAUGAAGAAGGAGUGACGUUAACUCUGGAUCGUUUUGAUCCAGGCAGAGAGCAGCCUGGUUGUCCUGGGAAGACUCCAACUGCCCUCCUCCCUGGGGACGUUCUAGUGCCUUGCUUAUUUGAAGCCCAGCAUGUUUCUGACAGCACUGUGUUCUCUGCAGAUGACUUUGACAUCUCUUUUAAGAUGCUCCAGCACUGCUGCAGCAGCCGAGAAACUUUUGAGCUGUCCAAACUUUUGAGCCUGCGGUCUCGUCUCAGCUGCAUGGAGAACAUGGACAGGCUGAGCUUCAUGCUGCACUGGGCAGGCGUGACGCUCGCCAACUCACUGGAGGCUGUUCCUGUGCGGGCAGUGCCCAUCAUCCCCACCGCACUGGCCAGGAACCUGAGCAGUCCAACUAGCAUGGCCCAGCCUCUGCACACCACAGGGAGAAAACGAGGAUUUCUGACGAUGGACCAAACCCGCAAACUACUCCUUAUACUGGAGUCGGACCCCAAAGUCUACACUCUCCCUCUUGUAGGAGUAUGGCUCAGUGGGGUUACACACAUUCAUAAUCCUGUGGUGUGGGCGUGGUGUCUGAGGUACCUGUACAGCUCUUCCCUCCAGGACAGAGUGAUGUCGGAGAGCAACGCAUUCUUGGUGGUUCUCUACUCACUCACUCACAGAGAACCUGAAUUCUACCAGUGUAAGCUGCGCAAUGGGCUGACAGACAUGAGCUUUCAGCUUCUUACCAGCACAGAAUCAGUCACAGCUUACAAGAAUGUGGAACCAUCAGAUGGACGUUCCCUGCUGUUUGAGCUCAGUGCUGAAAACCAGGGACGGGAGGCUGAGCUCUUUAAAGAAUCGAUGUCUCGUUCAAUACUACCAAGGAGUGCUAGAGCUGAGUCAUCAGCUGCUGCCCAGAACAAACUGUCCGCCAGUGACCAUGACUCAGGAGUGGAAGAUGAGGAUCUUUCUCCGCGGCCUUCUCCUAACCCUCAUCCUGUCAGCCAACAGACCAGACAAGUCCAGCCCUCAGUUCCUGAACUUUCUAUGGUAGCGGAUGGCAGCUUUCUUGAUGGAAAGAUAGUAGAGUCAUAUAAUCACACUCUCCCUCAUACUGCACAAUCCAGCACUCUGCAAAGGAGCUGUAGAAGCAGUACUCAGCAACCUGGACCACGUCCACCAGCUCAGAGUGGUAUGGCUGGACCUCCUCCCAUUAGGAGACCACUGACGCCUGUGUUGUCCCAGCCAAAAGCCAGUAGACCACAGCCCACCUCAGGACACCAAACACCAAAGCCUUUAGUGGGCAGGAAAUCCAUUCCAUCCACAGGUCGACGAUCAAGUAAUGGGUCCUCUGCCUCAUCUUCUGCCUCUUCAACUUCUUCUCCCAAGACCGGCUCCUCACCAAAUGACUCGUUCCACCAGUUCAAGCAGAGAUCUGGGCAAGAUUUUGUGAAUAAACCCCACUCUCAUCCAUCCUCACCAUCUGGACCACCAGCAUCAAGCCACAGUAGCACCAGAAAAGCUUCGAUCAUUCCAGAACAAACCUCCAUGCUGCACCCUUCUCAACAUAGACUCUUCCACAGCACCCCUGCCUCCAACCCUGCCAUUAACACCUGUAACUGCUGCUCUGCCCACCAUGGGCACAUGCCUGUUUACCAAAGCAGUACCUGGCAAGGAACUCCACUUCACCCUGCUCAUGUACCCAUGGCUCCUGGUAACCCCAUCCACUGUUCUACUGAAAGUAGCCCUCAUGCAGACUGCUGUCUGUCUCCUCGACGGCAGUCUUUUGGCUACCAUGUGUCCCCUACUAAGAGCCCUGUCUGCCGUGCUAGUGUUGCCCAGCAUUGCUCUCCUUCGCAUGGGCCACAUGUCCCCAUUGUCAGCCCUAGCAGUGUAGCUUUGGAGCAGGCAGUGCCAGGCUGCCAGGCCCAGUGUUGCCAACCACAGUCAAGCUGUACUGGCCAGCCCAGUUCUGCUGCAGUUACUCCACUAGAGGGUGGUAUGGGUCUUCUUCCUGCUGAUGCCUACAGGAUGCUGAUUGAACAGGACCUACAACUGAAGCAACUGCAGGCUCAGAUCCAGAAACUUCUUGAUGCCCAGAGUAAGGUGUCUGAGCCAACACGAGCAUCAGCAGAGGAACAUCACCUGGAGCAAUCCAUUCAAACAUCAGCGUUUUCUGAGCCCAAAAAGACAUGUGUCAGCAUUGCAGUAGGAACAGGUGCUAGUUUGUUUUGGAGUGAUCCUGCUCAAGACUCCACACUUGAUGGCCAGUCUCUUGAUGGUCACUCUGAGCCUCAGAGGCAGACUAGUGGCGAUUGCGAUAGCACAGUCUCCUCAAGACUUUGCUCUGAAGAAGUCCAUCAUAGUAGAGAAGAAGAGGACCCUGGAACACCUCUCCAUUCCACAAGAUCACCACAAGACAACACACCAUCAAAUGUAGGAAUGCCUUCUUUUCAAAGUCCUGUGUUGGGGGAGAGUGCUAGCAUGUAUUACCACUCCCAGUCUCCGAACAGAGAGGACAUCUCUGAAGACGGAGAAAUACAUGAUCAGAGAUUUUAUCAAGAGUUACUGGGUCAAGUGAAUAGUCGUCUCCAGGAUUCUGUGACUGAAGACAUAACGAUGGAAGGAGAUGUGCAUAGUCCUCGCCUCCGACACAGUCUAUCACCCAGGCGUUCACCUCCAAACAAAACCACACAGAAGGAACAGAGCCCACAGCAGAGAGCUGCAGUUUCAGGGCAGGAUCAGGUGUUCAGCGCCACAGUAAAACAGCUUCACCAACUCGGAGUGACUGUCGAGCUGGACUCUCGCUCAGGAAAGGCCAGUCGCACCACACUGGAGAGCGCCAGCACCCUUGCUUGCAUAAACCCUGAAGCAGUAAUUCCGAGGCUGGCUCUUUCUGAGCCGGUCGGCACAAGCAUCUGGGGGCUGAGCGGUGGAGCGGAUCUGAGCCUGGAGGCCAAUGCCAUCGCCCUGAAGUAUCUGAGUGACACUCAGCUGUCCCGGCUCUCCCUUGGAGGCCAGUCGCGAUCAAAUCCUGGCGCUGUGCUUUUUGGAAAGACUCCUUUGGAUAAGAGUAGCGUAGGCCUGAGCAUAUUGUCCCCCAGCAACAUGUCGUUAGCCACUUGCAUGUACAUGAAGAGAUAUGGACUGAUUGAAGGUGGAAGUAGCAGUGAAGAGGAAGAUGAAGGUGAGAAGGCUCAGAUGCAGAGGAUACAGACAGAUUCUGCUCUCGGGUGCUCCCUGAAGCUUAAUAAUUCAGAAAAUGUUGGACAAGAGAGGGAAAACGUGCCUGAUUUUAUCCUGAAAACCAUAACUAACAAGCAGCCCGAGCCUAUUUCUCUUAAACAUGUAGCUCCUCAAAACUCUCAAAACCAGUUAAUACAAGACUUGCGUCCGAAAAUGCAGCUUCUGACUCAUGGUAACACAAACCCAGACAAGGAGAAUGGUCCAAAACUCCUUCCUCAGCGCCGGUCUUCUUUGCCAGACAGCCAGAGGCCAUCGCCACUCCCAGAGACUCAGGGGUCCGUUGGAAAUUUUCUGGAUCUCAGCAGGUUACGGCAGCUCCCUAAACUCUUUUAAAUGAAAGAGGUCAAGCGACUGAAGGUGUGCAAAUUGAGCCACGUAGCAGGGAUUUUUAUUUUUAUUACUUGAUCUAAAAACAUCUAUUCCUCAUUCUUUUUAUGUUGUCGGGUGUCAUACAUGUACUUAUUUCAUUCACUUUUGUCUUUGAAAUGAUAACAGAUUUUACAAACAUGACUUUAAAAUGAUUUUUUAAAUCUUUGAAUGUAUGUGUGCCCAUAUGCUGAGUCUUAAUGUGUGUUAUGUAGGUGUAAAUUACAUCUUCUACAGUUUGGCUGAUUCAUUGCAU